AUGGAGUCUCUCACCUCCCCAUCAUCGUCUACCUCCCCUUCAACCGAAACCUUCCCUAGAUCAUCACUCAUCUCAGUCCCAAUGUCAUCUGACAAGUCUGAUCCCCAUCAUGCAAUCUAUGCCGUGUUUUCAUACAAAAAGCAUGUAGAUGACAAUAACAUUUCAUGUGUGAUCGGGUGUUAUGAACCUUUGAUAAACACAUGGAGUCAUGAGUGUUAUGUUCCAGGAAUGGGUGACAACCAUAUCUUAAAAGGAUUUGCAAUGGUUUCAGUUGGAACAUCAAUAUAUCUAGUUGGUGGUAGUGUACACCGCAAAGAAAAAGUUAAAGAAAAUGGCCAAAGACUUGCAGAGUUUGGUGUUGAAGUACGAUCAUUGGUAUUACGUUAUGACAUCAUUACUAAAGAAUGGUCUACAUGUGCGCCACUUAUUACACCAAGGCACAAUUUCGCAUGUUCAGUUUGCGAUAAUAAGAUAUAUGUGGCAGGAGGCCAGUCUACUCUUGAUGGAGCUGUGGGUAUAUCAUCUGCUGAAGUUUACGAUGUGUUACUCAAUGAAUGGACACCUUUGCCAUUUAUGAGUAUCGUAAGAUACAAAUGUGUAGGUGUCACAUAUCAAAAGAAAUUCUAUGUCAUCGGAGGAUUCACCUACAGUGGAAACAAGAUGCCAUCUAUGGAUCGUUGUUCUGUCGAAGUAUAUGACAUUGAGCAAGAAAAGUGGGAUCAUGUAAGGGGAAUGUGGCAACUAGAUGUACCCCCUAAUCAAAUUGUUGUGAUGGAUAAUAAAUUGAUUAGUUCUGGGGAUUGUCUUAAUGUUUGGAAAGGUCAAAUUGAAACAUAUGAUAGAUACCUGAACUUAUGGUGUACCCUCGAAGGGUCAAGAAAGGAAAAUCUAUUGCCACUUUCAUGCACGCCCAAUGGAAACGAAGGAGGAAGUUCAGAGUCACUUCAACGUAUAUGUUUGACCAUGGCGCCUAUUGAAAGUUACCUCUACUUCUUGGCUGGUUAUCGAAUAGCUGGAGACCAAUCUUCAUGUUGCACUAUGUCAAUGGUUCAUAGGUUUGACACAUCAGCAACGAGCAACCAAUGGGAGACUUUCGAACCAAUGCAAGUAGAAGGGGAAAGAGAGCUUUGUAGCCAUUGUUGUGUUGUUCAACUUCCGUAA